AUGGCCAAGGCGAACACGAGCUUUUCCGUUCUCAAGAACCCUGCGGACUGGAAGACCGACUGGCUUUGCUACUUGCUGUGCGAUGGAUGCGCAUACGUACCUUACGACUCAUGGGAGAAGGGAGAGGAUAACUCUGUUGCAUGCUGGAACUGUCAAGAUAGGCAAUGCCCGUAUUGCUGCUGUGUAAGAUACAACACUUGGGCGUUGGGGCCAUUCUUGGGAGAUGGUGGGCUCUGCUGCAAGAACCUUGGGAAGUUCUGUUGUACAACAAGUGAAGGCGCAUGCUACUGCGAGAAACUCUGUGCAGACGACGGAUCGUAUUGCAUCGACGAUCGUACCUGUUUCUUGAGGAAAGAGCGCGGGGAGGUCGGGCAAGGCUCUGCGGGAAAGUGCUGCUGCGCACGAUAUCAGAGCGAAUGCAGGCUGGAGUUUCCCUUGGACGACGACCAGAUCUGCUGGAAGAACAAUGGAAAGUGUCUGUGCUGCUAUGGCACCGAUGAAUGUCAAUGUCAGAAAAUCGACUCGGCUGUAGGAAUCCUCGCCUGCUCCGACCGCUUCUUAUGUUUAUUGUGCUCUUGUUUCUUGUGCCCGGAGAGAAUGUUCAUCGAGCUUCUCAGCAAGCGAUAUUGGGGAGAGGCCAAGAACGCAGCGAGUGAGAGCGUCGAGCCGCUCGCGGCGUCCAACUUCGGAAACAACCAAUCCACAGGAGCUGAGCAAGCUGAGGCUGCCUGUGGAGGCAAGGACGAGGCGCUUCGGCUGCUUGGGAAGGGCCUUGCGGAGAAGAAGGCGGAGAAGGAGGUCGAGAGUAUGAUCAAGGAGGAGCAGGACAUGCUCAAGGAGGCCGCCAGGCGCCUAUCUGCAGCAAGCUAUCGCAAUUGGGGGUUUUCGUGCUCCCGUGAGACAAAGUUCGGGGAGGAGAGGGCACUGGUCAACCUGUUUAAAGAGGAAGGGGAGCUUCCGAUCCUGCGCGUCCAGAUGGGAGAUGGGAGGAUGGAGUGGAUCAUGCUGUCGGGAGAGGAUGGGGCGGCAAGAGGCAUGUUCAGCGAGGGGCCGGUCGAGCUCCUGAGGCACUCGUUGAUAGCGCAGAACCUGAGGGAGCGAGAGGAGCAAGACUUCGAGGAGGAGAACAGGAGGAGGGGGAGGAGGCAGGUCACACUGCCGGACUACAUCGCCGACUUCCGGAAGUCCCUCGACUUCUGGGGGGCAGCGGAGGGAGGGCGUCCGGAGCUCGCGCAGGGGGAGGGAGCAGUGAAGCUCUCCGAGGAGACGAAGCUCCUUGCUGAGGUCCAGGUGUCGCUCAUCACCAUGGAGAACAGCAUGAAGAUCGCAAGGGAGAAGCUGCUCGAGCAGCUGGGGGUAGAGCAAGACCUCGUCCGGUUCCACGAGCUUGAAAGCUGCCAGGAGCUCGGCAUGUGGAGGCUACAAUGGCUCUGUCCUCGUCGUGAGUACGGAGGCCAGAAGGAGGAAGAAGGCAAGCCGAGGAUCAAGCUGGAAAGGGAUGAUUUGAUUCUGCACCUGCUUGCUCGGCAUGUGGCGGAAACCAAGACCUGA